AUGGAUAAGAUCUUGGAGGAUAGUGACGCUUUGAAUCCGACCCUGCUUCUCGCAGAUGAAGGUCAAUUCGAGCAAAAGGCCUUGGACCUGCUAUCAAAGUUGACCAAGCUUUCCGCACAAGAGUUGGCCGCAAGAGAUCAUCUUGAUGCGAUUCAACCAUCUACGCAUACAAUCACCUUCCUCUAUGUGCUAUUAGCGAGCAUCGACGCAUCUGCAGCCAGUGGAAAGGCUGCACCUCGCCAAUUACCUUCCAGCGUGUUGCCGGAGGGGUCGUUGUGGCCAUACAUCACCCAAAUACUUUUAGAAUUCGAUCUCAUACAGGUCCGGUAUUGUGGAACACAGUUGGUACGCAUAGUCGAAUAUGUCGCGCUGGGUGCAGAGCAAACCUCGAACUACAUCCCUGCCAUUCAACUACUUCACCAUGUCAUACUUCGACUUGACAGUACGUCUUCAAUAUUGACCUCGACUCACCGAACUUUCAUUCGCCUAUGUCUUCUUGCCCAAGCUUAUGCUGAGGCCGUCGACAUUCUGGAUCGCCCAGUUUAUCACAUACCCACAAUACUUGACAACCGCUCGAAAAAUUGCAUUUGUUCAGGCACAGAUCAAAACUCAACAUACUUGAACCCAGCAACUGGCCUCACCCAACCCAUCACCUCCCGAAUAUUCCUGGAAUAUUAUCUACUGGGUGCUCUGUCGUACCUGGGAGCAAGACGCUACAAGGAUGCUUUGUUCUUUCUUGAGGUGGUUCUUUCCGCACCGACAAUACCAAAUGUUGCGAGCAUGCUACAGAUUGAAGCCUACCGGAAGUGGGCGCUUGUUGGUCUGAUUCAGAAUGGGUCCACCCCAGAAUCACCUAAGAACGUCUCACAAAGCUCUCUGAAGCACAUCAAGGCGCUCGCCAAACCUUAUGACUGCGUUGUUGAUGCAUUUCAGAGCAAUGACCUCGACAAACUCCGAUCAGAGAUUGAGGCAGGAAGUUCUUUGUGGCAAGAGGAUGGAAACUACUGUCUCAUGAUGGAGGUCUACCAAGCAUUCAGGAAAUUCACAAUCCUACGUCUGGGCCGAACUUUCGCGGCUCUUCCACUGACCGCGGUAGCAAGGAAAACAUCAGCCGAUGUAGAAGAUCUGACCGAGACCAGGAUGUAUCUUCAAAGCCUUAUUGCCGAGAGAGAGCUUUAUGCCAUGCUCGUAACUUCAGAAUCCGGAGAAGAGAUCCUACGCUUUCAUCUUCCAUCAGUAUCACUCAAGAGCGAAAUUGAAGUGGAGAAAGCCCUCGCACUUCAGACUCUACAGCUCCAAGGGUUGCUCAGACAUAUCCAAGAUACUGAGCACCGAAUGGAGACUUCCAAGGAGUAUAUUGACUAUCUCAAAAGGUUAAAGAAGGCCAGGGAGGAAGCGAAGAAGACCGAUCCCGGAAGAUCAGCAAUGGUCGACGGCCUCGAUGAAGACAUGAUGGAAGAGUUUUAG